AUGGCUUCACAGUACGAUGAAGGCCCGGAGCUGGCACCUCAGCACCAAUACCCCGAGGUCUACCAUCCUCCGCCACAACAGUCGCAGCCCUCGUCGCCGCAACCGAUCCCCGUCACGCCGAUGAAGCACGAAGACUCGACGUACGGAAAGUACUCGGUCUCGGGCGUCGACCAGUCCACUUACGGCGGCACUCAGUACCAUCCCGCCGGCGGCGAGGCGGGACAGCAGAAGAAGAGGAUCUGCGGCUGCACGUUUCUCGUCUUUCUCCUGUCCGUUAUCAUCGCCAUAUUGGCGGCGGCCGUCAUCGGGCUGGCAGCGGGCACCGGCGUCGAGGCGAGCCGCGCAAACCAAGCGCUCAACAAGCUGGCGGCUUUGGAGGCGUCGGCACCCAACGGGACGACGGCGACGGCAACAGCGACGGUGACGGUGACGAGCGCGUCCCCGACGGCGACCGGCUUUGCGUCUCUCACCAACAACUGCUCCAACAGUGACGAGACGACCACCGGCCAGACGUACACCACGGACUGUAAGUUGACGAUUGAGAACGACAUGAGGAGCUCGGCUGACCUGAUGCACCUAGUUUUCGGCAAGAAGACGUUUGUGCAGUUCUGCAACUCAAACGCCCCCAACGCGCCCCUCAUGAGCCUCUUCACGGCCAACUUCGACAACUGCAUGGACGCCUGCGCCGCCUUCUCGAACUACGAGUCCGGCUUCGAUGGCAACGCCACCUGCCAGGCCGUCAGCUUCAUCCCGCUCUGGACGACACGCGCCGGAGCCGUCGCGGGCAAGGCGCCCGGCAACUGCUACCUCAAGCCGGGGCCGCAGACGCGGGACAAGCUGGAGACGCCGAACAUUGGCACCGAAUGCCACGCCGCCAUCAUGAACUCUUGA